AUGUUGCCCCACCCUCAUCUCAGCUGGAUCGCCAGGCAAUGUUUCACAAGAAAAAGUUUUGGCACGUCGCUUGUGGCUAAGCAGCACCCGCCAAUUCUUUUUCUUGGCCUUGGGAACCCAGCUGACUACAAUGCCACGCGCCACAACGUCGGGCAUUGGGCAAUCGAGAAAAUGGCAGUCGAGGCAUGGCCUGAUUUUGGGACCUUAGCAUCGUCCAAGCAGUUUGGCUCCAUUGCUUUGAGUGAAAGUGGAGAUGCGCAACGCGCAAACGCAGUUUUAGCAAAAACCACCGGGACCUAUAUGAACGUGCUGGGACCGGUCGUUGCCAAGGCCUGGAACAAGUUCAAGCAACAGCAUGCAGGGAGAGAUCCAUGCCUAGUGAUACUACAUGACGAGCUUCAGGUGCCAUUGGGCAAAGCGCAAGUGCGGCGCCGAGGAACUAGUCCGCGGGGCCACAACGGGCUACGAUCGGUUGAUAAGCUGAUGGGGAAUAACUACACCAAAUUGGCCAUCGGCAUAGGAAAGGCACCUGGGAGCGACGUUGCCGAUUACGUGCUAUCGAAAUUCAAAAAGGAGGAGAGACAGGUGUUGGAGAACACGACCAUGCCUUUGCUCAUGGACAUCAUGCAGUCAAUGGUCAAGGGCAAACAUGUGUAUGACAAGCUCUAG